AUGAAGUGGCUAUGGAGAUAUGGGCAACCUGAGGCUGGUUACUGGAAAGACAUCAUAUUAGCCAAGUAUGGUGCCCAAAAUCACUGGAGCGCUAACAGAAACAGAGAACCACAUGGUGAAUCUACUCUUAAAAUUGCCUUUCCAAGGUUAUACCGGGUAGCAAGCAAUAGAGAUGCCUCCAUUGCACAGUAUAGGGAAGGCAAUGUUUGGAGCCCUGUUUUCAGAAGAAAUCUCCAAGACUGGGAAAUCAAUGACCUCCUACAGCUAUUGGGUGCUCUCGAAAACUACAUAUUAGCUGAGGCACCUGACAGGAUCAUAUGGGGAAAUUCAAAGAAGGGGGAAUACACUGUGAAACAAUGCUACGAGAUUGGGUGUUCUGAGAAUGGUUUGCUUGAAAAUUGGCCUUGGAAGCAUGUUUGGAGGACUAGGCAGCCUCUGAAAGUCAGUUGUUUCACCUGGACAGCUUUAAAAGGGGCUUGCCUGACCCAAGACAACCUCAGAAGGAGAGGCAUCAUUCUUAUCAACAGAUGCCAUCUAUGCUAUCAGACCAAUGAGACUGUGAAUCACCUAUUUUUGCACUGCCCAGUGACUGCUGCUGUCUGGCACUUCUUUUUCUCAUUGUUUGGUCUUAGUUGGGUUAUGCCUUCUUCUAUUAAAGAUGCUUUUGAAAGCUGGAUAUUAUGGAGAGUUGACAAAUCCAUCAAAAGGAUCUGGAGAAUGAUCCCAGCAGCCAUCUUCUGUGUUGAUAACUUUUUGGAUUUUGUUGGCUCCUUUUACUCUUAUUUAGCAGAGUUUCUGAGGCAGCAUAGGUUUAGACUGUUUGCACAGGCAAAGAUGAAUGCAGACAAUAGAGAGGCAGGUGGAUCGAUGACCUUGGAGUCAUGUGUUAAAGGAUUUGGGGUUAUUUUUAAAAAAUUGGAUGUUGCUGUGAAUCCUUGGUGGAUUUAA